UCAGAAUUUAUUGCAACACAGUCUUCCAAGCAGAACAGACCAAAGGUCUGACUUCCAAUUGCAGUAGUUAUCCAAUUAUCCAAUCCGACAGACAGUCAUGCAGCAUCCGCAUCCCAGUGACCAGCCCACCUACAUGCCGGAUGUUCCUUUCCAACCGCUUUGGGGUCAGGAGGCUCCUCCGCCGCCCAUAGUGCCCUACCAGGAGCUCAUCGCCGGAUUUCCCUGCACCGAUUUGUCUCUGUGGCAGCGAUCGCAGGUUACACCAUUGGUUGCCCAGCGUUCGUCGACAAAUGGCAGGGCCAACGGGUCCUCCAGCUCCUCAAAGAAGACCCGCCGCCGGGUGGCCAGCAUGGCCCAAAGGAGAGCUGCCAAUAUCCGCGAACGCCGACGGAUGUUCAACCUGAAUGAGGCCUUCGACAAAUUGCGCCGCAAGGUGCCCACCUUCGCCUACGAAAAACGGCUCUCCCGCAUCGAAACCCUCCGUCUGGCCAUCACCUACAUAGGAUUCAUGGCGGAGCUGCUCAGUGGGACACCCUCAAACUCCCACAAGUCCCGGUCGGAGGUCUACAGCACCAUGAAUGGACACCAUCAGGCGCCACCUCCGGCAAUCCACCCGCAUCAUUUGCACCCCGCGGCGGCCUAUCAACGCGACUUUGCCUCCCCCUAUAACCACAGUUUAACUUAGAAAGGCUCUUUAGAAUUAUCAGGGAGUUAUACACAUUAGACUAGACUAAUUUCCUAGUCUAUAAUUAUAAAAUAAUUAUAUAAUACAGCCGAAAACCGUUUGGUAUGGUGUGACGCCAGCAAAAAUAACUACAGGAAUUCCUGGAAGUUCUUAGUUGUACCUUCUCCGAUAAGUUAUACUCAAUUACUUGUAUAUACAAUUUAAUGAACCAUGUUAAUCAUAACUAUAAAUAAAUAAUUGUUUAAAAAACAUUAAAUAUUCUCUUAAGUUCUAAGUAUAUGGUAACCU